AUGUUUAAGAAUUUUCCUUUUUUAUCCUAUAGUCAUGUCUAUAAUUACUGCACAAGUGUGCAUGUCUCCACUAGUCAGGGACAGCAACCAAGAACACCAACAGGCAAAAAAGUGAAACAACCUACUGGAGGGGCACAUUUUGUCGGAUUGGAACUUUACAAAAGGUUAAAAGAAUAUCUUAAGAGCUAUUUAGUAAAGUUAUUAAAGGAUAGCAAGGAUCUGCUUGAUGAAAAUGUACUCAAAUUUUAUACGAAACAAUGGGAAGACUAUCAGUUCUCUAGCAAAGUUUUAAAUGGUGUGUGUGCUUAUCUAAACAGACACUGGGUUCGCAGAGAGUGUGAUGAAGGAACUAAAGGAAUUUAUGAAAUUUACUCGUUGGCCUUAAUCACAUGGCGUGACAAUUUAUUCAAACCAUUGAACAAGCAGGUUACCAAUGCAGUUCUGGCCCUCAUUAAACGAGAAAGGCAUGGAGAGACCAUUAACACACGGCUUGUUAGUGGAGUCAUCAACAGCUAUGUGGCUCUUGGCCUUAAUGAAGAUGAUCCCACUGCUAAGGGUCCAACGCUGAGUGUAUACAAAGAACAUUUUGAACACCCGUUCUUGGCAGAUACUGGAAGGUUUUAUGCUGGAGAAAGUGCAGAAUUUUUGGUGCAGAAUCCUGUCACAGAAUACAUGAAAAAAGCAGAAACCAGGCUUAUGGAAGAGGCUAAGAGAGUUCAGCUCUACCUCCAUGAAAGCACACAAGAUGGUCUUGCCAAGGUCUGUGAGAAGACCCUUAUAGAAAAACAUUUGGAGACAUUCCAUGUUGAGUUUCAAAAUUUACUUGAUGAUGACAAACAUGCUGAUUUAGGGCGAAUGUAUCAGCUUGUCUCAAGGAUACAAGAUGGUUUGGGAGAGCUGAGGUCUUUUCUUGAGACUCACAUUUAUAAUCAAGGACUUGCUGCCAUUGAAAAAUGUGGAGAAACAGCUGUUAAUGAUCCCAAAAUUUAUGUCCAAACAAUACUUGAUGUCCACAAAAAGUAUAAUGCACUUGUGCAGACAGCAUUUAAUAAUGAUGCUGGAUUUGUUGCUGCAUUAGACAUGGCUUGUGGUCAAUUUAUAAAUGAUAAUUAUGUGACAAAGAAAGAAAACUCCUCUUCAGGAAAGUCCCCUGAAUUAUUAGCAAGAUACUGUGAUCUUUUGCUUAGAAAAAGUUCUAAGAAUCCAGAAGAAGCAGAAUUAGAGGAAACUUUAAAUAAAGUGAUGGUUGUCUUUAAGUACAUUGAAGAUAAAGAUGUUUUCCAGAAAUUCUACAGUAAAAUGUUGGCCAGAAGAUUAGUACUGCAUAUGUCUGCUAGUGAUGAUGCUGAAGCGAGCAUGAUAUCCAAAUUGAAACAAGCCUGUGGCUUUGAAUAUACCUCCAAACUUCAGCGCAUGUUCCAAGACAUUGGGGUCAGUAAAGACCUAAAUGAAAGAUUCAAGAAGCAUCUACAGGCAUCAUCUCAGCCAUUAGACAUUGAUUUUAGUAUACAAGUUCUCAGCUCAGGAUCCUGGCCAUUUCAACAAACUGGGUCUUUCAACUUACCAGUGGAACUUGAAAGGAGUUUUCAGCGUUUCACAACAUUCUAUAGCAGCCAACACAGUGGGCGCAAGUUAAAUUGGCUCUACCACCUUUCAAAAGGAGAAUUGGUUACCAGUUGUUUCAAAAACAAAUAUACUCUCCAGGCUUCCACUUUUCAAAUGGCUUGUUUACUCCAGUACAAUUCAACCAAUGUUUUGACUGUUCAGCAGCUAUGUGAAAGUACACAAAUUAAAUUUGACACACUUGUCCAGGUUUUGAAAAUUCUGCUGAAGACUAAACUGCUUAUGACAGAUGCUGAUGAUGAUAAUGAUUUGCAACUCACCUCACAGCUAGCCUUUUUCAGUGAUUAUAAAAAUAAAAAAUUACGUGUAAAUAUCAAUGUUCCCAUGAAGACAGAAGAGAAAAUUGAGCAUGAGACUACACAUAAAAACAUUGAAGAAGACAGAAAACUUCUCAUUCAGGCGGCCAUUGUAAGAAUCAUGAAGAUGAGGAAAGAACUGAAGCAUACAAAUCUCUUAUCAGAAGUCUGUUUGCAGCUAUCCUCUCGUUUCAAGCCCAAGAUUUCUGUUAUCAAGAAAUGCAUAGACAUUCUAAUUGAAAAGGAAUAUUUGGAAAGAGUUGAUGGGCAAAAAGAUGUAUACAGUUACUUGGCCUAA